CUUUUCUUUCCCAACCUUUUGAACGCCGCACAAGCGAACCAUCGACGAGUCUGUCGCGACCGACCACCUCGUCAGUCCCGCCACCAAGCCCAGUGACAACAGCAACGACGGCAACCAGCACCACCACCACCACCACCACGAGCAUCAGCAACAUCCUCGCCGCCGCCAUGCGAGCGAAGGCGAUGUCUCUGCAGGACAACUUACUGCUGCUGCUGCUGGUGGUGGUGGCUCGAUUCUUCUACCUCCGAUUCCAACUAGAACGCAGCUCAAUCCGAGCGACGACGUGCGCAUUCGGUCGAUCGACCCCCUCAUUCCGCCACAGAUUCUGAUGGAGGACAUUCCGCUGACGUCGCUUGCGCUGCGCACGGUGCAGGCUGCGCGGACGGACUGCCAGCGCGUCAUCCAGCACGACCACGAUGACCGGCUUUUGGUCAUCGUCGGACCCUGCUCGAUUCACGACGCGAGUGCAGCACGCGUCUAUGCACAGCGCCUCAAGGAGCAGAUUCAGCUGCACGCUGCUGACCUCGUCAUUGUGAUGCGCGUCUACUUUGAAAAGCCGCGGACGACCGUUGGCUGGAAAGGGCUGAUCAACGACCCGUAUCUCGACGGCUCGUUCACCAUCAACAAGGGGCUGAGGAUUGCAAGGCAGCUGCUGCUCGACGUCAACGAGCUCGGCGUCCCUGCUGGCGUCGAAUUCCUAGACACAAUCACGCCGCAGUUUCUGGGCGAUCUGAUUGCGUGGGGGGCCAUUGGUGCUCGAACGACGGAAUCGCAGAUCCACCGAGAACUCGCGUCGGGCGUGUCUUGCCCCGUCGGCUUCAAGAACGGAACGUCGGGAUCGGUCGAUAUUGCCGUGGACGCAAUCCGCGCCGCCAAGGCGCCACACCACUUUCUGUCGGUGACAAAGCAAGGACUUGCGGCGAUCGUGACUACGGAAGGAAAUCCUGGGUGCCAUCUCAUCCUGCGUGGUGGCAAGGCCGGGCCGAACUAUGGAGCAGAGCACCUGCAAGACGCCACAGACCGCCUGCGCAAGGCUGGAGUGAACGACGGCAUCAUGAUUGAUUGCAGCCACGGAAACUCCAACAAGGACUACCGCAACCAACCCAAGGUGGCCACGGCAGUCGGGAAGCUCUUGGCAGCCGGGGCAACCAACAUUGUCGGCGUCAUGAUUGAGAGCAACCUCCACGAGGGCCGACAAGACAUUCCGGCCGAUGCCGGCUUGGACAGUCUCCAGUACGGUGUGAGCGUCACGGACGGCUGCAUUGGCUGGCCGCAAACGGUGGAUGUUUUGGCCGGUCUGGCUGCUGCCGUCCGGGUCCGGCGACAGACCUUGCUGGCGUCCUCGUCCUAGCUGUUGUUUCGUUUUGUUUCGAGUAUUGUUUCGUAUUUGUUGACAGGCUAUUUUGCUUGCUCUUGUAGAUCUACGUUGAACUGCACUCGUUUGGUUUGGUUUCGUGUGUGCAAGUUUCCUACGCAUUUGUUUUUUUUUUUCCUUUUCCUGAAUCACUACAAUCGAGCCCAAUUCCCAUUCGUCACACCAUUUGCUUC